AUGUCAAUUAACAUUAACUGCAAAAAGAAAUGGCAUCCAAGCAGAUAUGAGACACAAAAAGAGAUAACAAAAAUAAAUAUUCAAUCUAAAAAGACAGCAGAUUAUUACAAAAACAAGCAUAGUGAGCAUGUAAGAUCUACUUUAAAUGCCAGUGAUAGUGAAAGAAUGUCAUGGAUGUUUGAUGAUGUAUGA